AUGGGCGGCGUCUCGAGCGCCGUAUUCGCCGCGCAGGGUGUCUUCCUCCUCGGCAACGCAUUCUACAGCAUCUUGUUUCCCGCCUCAGUAGCCAAUUUCCAGGGCUCUUCACUAACUGGAACCCCGAAAGGUGUCGUCCAGUGUCUCGGCCUGACCUCUCUUGCGCUGGGCACAUACCAGCUGAUUUCGGCCUACCAGCGCGAUACGGCGAUCAUGGUCUCGUCAGUGCCGUCUCGGGUGGUGGCCGCCUGGAUUAUGUAUCGGAAUGGCGGCAAUUGGACGCGUGUCGCCGCGUUUGAGGCCAUCAUGGCUGUGCUGAAUGGCGCGGCGCUGCUCUGGGAUGGGAAUUUGCUGGACUAG